AUGUCUUGGGGAUUAGGUUGGAAGAGACCCUCCGAAAUCUUCCACCUUACUCUCAGCUACGGCAAUGACGAUCCACCGGAGAGUCUCGCCCGUACUUCAACCUCCUCCCGUUCCUCAUCAGCAUCUUCCUCCUCCUCUUCAUCUUCUUCCUCAUCAAUCGUAUCUCAGGAUCAGGACCUCGGUUUUCGAAUUGAAUUGGAUUGGUCGUCAUCGGAUGAUGAAGAUCAGGUUGCGUUAAAGCUUCAGUCACAACUCAUGGUGGCUUUGCCGAUGCCGCAGGAUACCGUCGUGAUUGAGUUGACGCCUCGUCACGAUGAUGAGGAUUAUGUGGAUUUGAGUAUGAAGGUGGUUAAGAGAAGGGAUCCACUUAGGGCUAUCACAAUGGCUAAGGCUGUUAACUCUGGUUUGCAGAGUGAUGGCACUGGUGUUUUGACACGGUUGCUGCGCUCUGAGAUGGCUUCACCGACGCCGGAGGGCGACGAGAGUGUUCCACGUGGUGGCGGACACCAUUGGACGACUCUUGCUGUGCUUAGUAUUUGUGGUUGUGGCUUGUCGGUAUUUCCAGUAGAACUUACACAAUUGCCGCAAAUAGAAAAACUAUAUCUAAAUAACAAUAAGCUGACCGUUUUGCCACCCGAGCUUGGUGAGCUAAGAAGCUUAAGAGUGCUUAGAGUUGACAACAACAUGCUUGUCUCUGUACCUGUGGAACUGAGACAAUGUGUGGAAUUGGUGGAGUUGUCAUUGGAACACAACAGGCUUGUUCGGCCUCUUCUUGACUUCAGGGCUAUGGCUGAACUACGUGUUCUUAGGCUAUUUGGAAAUCCUCUUGAGUUUCUUCCGGAAAUUUUGCCCCUACACAAACUUCGUCAUCUUUCUCUUGCAAACAUUAGGAUUGUCGCGGAUGAAAAUUUGAGAUCAGUAAACGUGCAAAUAGAGAUGGAAAACAGUUCUUAUUUUGGUGCAUCUAGGCAUAAACUUAGUGCUGCCUUCUCUCUUAUAUUCCGUUUUUCUUCUUGUCAUCACCCAUUACUAGCAUCUGCUCUAGGAAAGAUUAUGCAAGACCAAGGAAAUAGAGCAUUUGUAGGUAAAGAUGAGAAUGCAGUGCGGCAGCUCAUAAGUAUGAUAAGCAGUGACAAUUGUCAUGUGGUUGAACAAGCCUGCUCUGCUCUUUCAGCCCUUGCCUCUGAUGAUUCUGUCGCACUGCAGCUGAUGAAGGCAGACAUCAUGCAACCAAUUGGAAUAGUUCUGAAAUCUGCAGGCCGGGAAGAGGUUAUAUCUGUAUUGCAUGUUGUGGUUAAGCUGGCUUUUACAUCUGAUACCGUUGCUCAGAAGAUGUUGACCAAGGAUGUUUUGAAAUCAUUGAAAAUCUUAUGUGCAUAUAAAGAUCCAGAGGUGCAAAGACUAGCUCUGUUAGCUGUUGGGAAUUUGGCCUUUUGUCUGGAGAAUCGUCGUGUCCUUGUUACCUCUGAAAGUUUGCGAGAACUUCUCUUACGGAUGGCUGUUGCAACUGAACCACGUGUUUAUAAAGCUGCAGCUCGUGCUUUGGCAAUUCUUGGUGAGAAUGAAAACCUGAGGCGUGCAAUAAGAGGGAAACAAGUGGCAAAGCAAGGGCUUCGCAUACUCUCAAUGGAUGGAGGUGGGAUGAAAGGUCUAGCAACCGUGCAAAUGUUAAAGGAAAUUGAAAAUGGAACCGGAAAACGAAUACAUGAGUUGUUUGAUUUAAUAUGUGGUACAUCAACGGGUGGCAUGCUAGCUGUUUCCCUUGGGAUGAAGUUAAUGACUUUAGAAGAAUGUGAAGAUAUAUACAAGAAUCUUGGGAAACUUGUUUUUGCUGAGCCUGUUCCCAAGGAUAACGAAGCUGCAACUUGGAGAGACAAGUUAGAUCAGCUUUAUAAGAGUUCAUCACAAAGUUUUAGAGUUGUUGUUCACGGAUCAAAACACAGUGCAGAACAGUUUGAGAGGCUAUUGAAGGAGCUAUGUGUUGAUGAGGAUGGGGAUUUAUUAAUAGACUCUGCAGUAAAAAAUGUUCCCAAAGUUUUUGUAGUCUCAACAUUAGUGAACAUGGUGCCAGCACAACCCUUCAUAUUUCGCAAUUAUCAGUACCCUGCUGGAACACCAGAGGUGGCUCUUGCAGCAUCAGAUGGUUCAGGGAUUGCCGUGUUAACCUCACCUAUGAGUGCACAAGUUGGCUAUAAGCGCAGUGCAUUCAUUGGAAGUUGUAAGCAUCAAGUGUGGCAGGCUAUCAGAGCGUCCUCUGCAGCUCCAUAUUAUCUUGAUGAUUUCUCUGAUGAUGUCAACCGCUGGCAAGAUGGAGCAAUUGUGGCAAAUAAUCCUACAAUUUUUGCGAUAAGAGAAGCACAACUUCUGUGGCCUGACACAAAAAUUGAUACCCUGGUUUCAAUAGGGUCCGGUUCUGUUCCAACUAAGGUACGAAAAGGUGGUUGGCGGUAUAUGGAUACUGGACAGGUGUUGGUUGAGAGUGCAUGCUCUGUUGAUAGGGUAGAGGAAGCUUUAAGUACAUUGCUACCUAUGCUUCCUGAGAUGCACUAUUAUCGUUUCAAUCCAGUUGAUGAACGCUGUGACAUGGAACUUGAUGAGACAGAUCCAACUAUUUGGCUUAAGCUGGAAUCUGCAGUUGAAGAAUAUAUACAGCAGAAUCAUCUGGCAUUUGAAAAUGCCUGUGAGAGAUUGCUUCUUCCUUUCCAGCAUGAGGAUAAGUGGUCAGAGAAUCUGAGAACUAAAUUUCCCAAGACAAAGGAGUCACUUGAGGGUGUCAAUGGCCCCACUUUAGGGUGGAGGCGUAAUGUACUACUUGUUGAAGCUUCACAUAAUCCAGAUUCCGGAAGAUUGGUCCACCAUGCCCGGGCACUUGAGUCAUUUUGUGCUCGUAAUGGCAUACGGCUAUCCCUCAUGCAAGGUUUGGCUGGGAUGGUAAAGAACUUGCCAUCAUCUAGAUUCCCAACUCCAUUUGCGUCUCCUAUGUUUACAGGAAGCUUCCCUUCAAGUCCGCUUGUGUAUAGUCCUGAUUUUGGUCAAAGGAUUGGACGAAUUGAUCUGGUCCCCCCUUUAAGUUUAGAUGGUCAACAGGGAAGAACAAUCGCAUCACCUCCAAUUUCUCCUCGAGGAGUUAGACAGCUUUCUUUGCCUGUCAAAGCAUUGCAUGAAAAAUUGCAGAAUUCCCCACAAGUGGGCGUUAUCCAUUUGGCACUUCAAGCUGACUCAGAUGGCUUAGUUAUUAGUUGGCACAAUGAUGUAUUUGUGGUGGCUGAACCUGGAGAUCUUGCAGAGAAGUUUCUACAAAGUGUAAAACUCAGUUUGCUAUCAACAUUGAGGAGCCAUCGCAGAAAGGGUGCAUCUCUCUUGGCCAAUAUCUCUACUAUUUCUGAUUUAGUUUCGUUUAAACCUUAUUUCCAAAUUGGAGGCAUUGUUCACCGAUAUCUAGGCCGUCAAACCCUGAUAAUGGAAGAUAAUCAAGAAAUUGGUUCCUAUAUGUUUCGUAGGACUGUCCCUUCUAUGCAGUUAUCAGCUGAGGAUAUAAGAUGGAUGGUUGGAGCUUGGAGAGACAGGAUAAUUAUAUGCACAGGGACAUAUGGACCUACUCUUGCACUUAUCAAGGCCUUUCUGGAUUCUGGGGCCAAAGCUGUUAUAUGUUCUUCAAAUGAACCCCCAGAGUCUCAGUUGUCGACCUUGGAUGGUACCAAUGAGUUGAAUGUGAUGGAAAAUGGAAAGUUUGAAAUUGGAGAAGAUGAAGCAGAUGACGAGAACAUACCUGCCAGUCCAGUAAGUGAUUGGGAAGACAGUGACGUUGAGAAAGUUGGAGACUGCGCGUCUUUUUGGGAAGACGACGAAGAGGAGCUGUCGCAAUUCGUUUGUAUUUUGUAUGAAACAUUAUAUAAGGAGGGUGCUAGUGUUAAUGUUGCCUUGCAACAUGCCCUCGCUUCUUAUCGAAGAAUGGGGUAUGUGUGCCAUCUCCCCGACAUACAAUAA